GAGGGAGACGACGCAUGCGCACAUCCAGUCAGUUCAGGCGGGUUUAUUCACUGUCAGUUUUGCUUUGUUAACUUAUAUAGCCCACAACUGUGUGACCUCUUUAACUGAACCGAACCUACAAUACUCAGGCUAAAUGAUGAACACACGCAGGCUGAGCACCUGGAGAGGCUCAUAUCUGAGGCCUGUUAGCUGCUAAAUUUCGGGCCAGCUGCUUGCUAGCUACCUGCUAACGUUAGCUUCAGUUGGAUCUAAAGCAGUGUUCAGUUGUUCCCCGAUUAAAAGUGAAGAGGAGAAGGAAGAUGUCUCCGAUUUCUGAGGUGGAGGAAGUUGGCAGGAAGGACUCGGCUCCAUCCCGCGAAGACUGUCUGUGUCCCGUCUGUCUGGAGAUCUUCAUCGAGCCCGUCACCCUGCCCUGCACACACACCUUCUGCAAGAGCUGCUUCCUGGAGUCGGUGGAUAAGGCGACGCUGUGCUGUCCCAUGUGCAGGAAGCGGGUCUCCACCUGGGCCCGGCUCAACAGUAAGAAGAACACAUUGGUAAAUCAGGAGCUGUGGGACCAGAUCCAGACCUUCUUCCCUCUGCAGUGUCAGCGGCGCCUGAGCGGCCAGGAGGCUGAGGAGGAUGACUGCGCAGUUUUCGUGCCCAUUCCCAGAGUCUGCUCUCCUGGAGAGCUGCGUCAGGAGUACGAGGAUCAGGUGACCAAGCUGAUGGAGGAGCGGAGGACUCAGGAUGAAGAGGAGAGCAAAGCCAGUGAGGAGUUGAUCCAGAAGCUUCUCGCUGAGGAGCAGCAGCAACUGCAGGAGGAGAGGAGGAGGAAGGAGGAGGACGAGCAGCUGGCCAAACAGCUGAGCUGCCAGCUGAAUUCCCAAGAAAAGCUCAAGGUUCCCGACACCCCUCCAGUGAAGAAGAAGGACGUCAUUGUAGGAAACAUGGACAGGUUCCUGUCUCCCCGUUCCACUCUUCAAAGCUCCGCCCCCAGUUAUAUAACCAAUAAGGAGAACAUCCUUCUGUUGGAGGCGGAGCUUCACAUGGAGCGACCCCGCCUGCUAUCAGACCAGUUAAGACCAUCCUCAUCGAAGAGGAAGAGCUCUGAGCUAGACGCUGCAGAUGAGCAGGAAGUGACCACCAAAGGCGUCCUGGUCUCCUCCCCUGUACCUGUGGAGGCGGGGCCCUUAAAUUACUGGGAGGCGGAGCUCCAGUUGAGGCAGCGGCAGGAGGAGGAGGACCGCCGCCUUGCUCUGCUCCUUCAGAAGGAGCUCGAUCAGGAGGAGAGACGGAGAGCAGCAGACCGGAGCAAAGGGUCCCCCGAUGCCUACCAGCUUCGCCACCAGAAAGGAGAGACAGAAGAGGCGGGGCCAUCACAGACACCCCCAGUAGGACGAGGCGGAGGCAGGACCCAUAAAUCCUCCAGGAGCUCCAUCAGCUCCUCUUCCCCUCGGUCGGCCUCGACCAGAAGGGCCUCCCUCAGCUCAUCGUCCUCUUCAUCCAGCAGAGGCAAACAGACCACUUUAACAGAGAUCUUUUCUCCAAGCUGCUCAUCCUCCUGCUCAGCUGCUUCCCCCCCAAACAGAAAAUAAAAACAAUUUAUUUUGAAAGAACCACACUUCCAGGUGACCUCUGAUCAGAUUCUAUCACCGGUUUUUGCUUCCUGUAAGUGCAUUUUUUUUUCUUUUGUUUUUGACGUGCCCAGCGCCAGCAGUUGUGUGAUAAAUCAUGACUGUGAACCCAACGCACUGCAUUAGAUCACACCAAGGAAGACGGCUCUCUGGAGUGUGCAAAGCCUUUAAUCGUUGGUAAAACUAAGCUUUUUAAUAAUCCAAAUGGUUAUUGAUCUCCUGUCUCUGUACAGAUUAGGGGGUUUAAAUGAAGCUCCGCCCCCUCAGCUGCAGCAGGAGCAUCAUUACUUCUAUAACAGAGGAAGAAAAGUCGAUGCCUUCAGGGAUAAAAUCCCUGUUAAGUGCUUUGCAACACUAUCAUGGUCAGGACCUGCCGGGAGGCUGUGUUCCUGCUGCCUUUACAUUUUCUGACCUGCUUUUCUCUGUUAGUAAAAAAAUAACUGAUUUAUUUUUUUCAAUAAAGUUCUUGUUAGUUUC